AUGGCACACUACUAUGAGCGCAACCGGCGCACCGACACGCCGCGGCUGAAGGCCUUCUAUAUCUGCGCCAUCGAGACGCUCCAUGCGUGCCUAAUAUGUGCGUACGUCCGUCGAUCCGUGAUCGCCGAGCUCGGAAAUCCUCUGGCGUGGGCGGUCAAGACAAGAUUAUUCGUUCAGGACCCUAGUGGCCUGAUUCUGCGACUCACGGGCGCACAGAUGGGCGGCUCAAUGAUGCUUUCCAUCCAUCUGCCAUCUGUUUUACAUCCGGCGACUAUGGAUGCGGGCAAAAAGAGCGCGCUCUUCGUCGGGAUACUAACGCUCCUCGGGCUUGCCCACUUUGCCCUCGAAAUCGGCAAGAUAUACGACCCCCGCUCUCCUUGA